AUGGAGGAUCGUGCAGCUGCUGCUGCCGCCGGCGGCGGCGGCGGCGAGGGCGGGAGGGACCAUGAGGAUGCGUCGCGUAAGGGGCUCGCUCCGCUGUGGAGCCAGAGCAACGAGGAGAGGAGGGCGCUCCGGUCGGAGUACGCCGACGUCAGGGCCAUGAUCCGCGACGAGGUGAAGGACGACCCUACCCUCGGCCAGUUCGACGCCGCCUUGAACAAGAUUGAAAAGCUUCAUGAAAAAGCCUCACCGCUUGUUGAUUCUGAUGGAUCGUUCUCCUGGUCAAGCCUUGGUUGCGCGGUAUCAGGACUGUUCAUGACAGCUGCCGGGUGCCAAACAAUGAAUGGUCCUAUGGGUCUCGGCCUCGCAGUCAAGGAACGAAGGCACACUGUUAGAAGACGAUCAGGACACUUGGGUAGUGAGCCUGCAGAGCCUGAUGAAUUGGCACCGGACCAAGAUGAAAGGAAUGACACUGACGAGAACAUCGCUGUCAUGUUCAACCUCUUAAGGAGUCACAGCAACAGAAAUGUAAAGCUGGAACAUCUCAUCUUAAACCGUCCGUCUUUUGCACAAACCGUCGAGAACAUAUUUGCACUUUCGUUUCUCGUGAAGGACGGAAGAGCGGAGAUAUAUGUGGCUGACAAUGGAGAUCACUUUGUUGCACCAAGGAAUGCUCCUUCAGCUGCAUCGAUAGCCUCGAGGGAAGUGGUCAACAGCCAGUUUGUCUUCCGGUUUGAUACCGAGGACUGGUGGAUAAUGAAAGGCAUGGUCAAUCCAGGGGAGGAACUAAUGCCUCAUAGGAGUAUCUAUCAUGGAGGUGAAUACAAGACGACCACACAAUCUUGUUCUGCUCCUGAUUGUUCUGAGCUGGCUUCAGAUUCCGAGCACCCAAAAGAAGGUGGGUUUGAGAAAGAAGACCCAGAAGAGUUCACAGAAGACGAAGAAGCAAUGGAGUUAGACUUGAUCAAGUGCUGCUCUGGAGAUGGCGGUCUCAAGACGAGGAAAAGGCAACAUGUCGCUCGGAGGUUGUUCUGA